AUGUCUACGUAUUCAGAAUAUUUUAACGUUUUCGCCUCUGACAAAUGGUCGUACAAGGGCUUUGUCCACUACGCGCUUAUGUCUGGUCUAUCUAAUAAAAUACGCGUCUAUAAUUUCAAAUAUAAGAAGUGUUUAGACGAAAUUGAACAAAGGUAUAACCUUUUAACAAAAGAAAGAAUAAAGGCAUCUUCACUAAAGAAAUCGUUUAAGACGGGAUACUCUGCGUGCUAUCCUGGGUUUCCUUGGCGUGUUGUAAUAUGUUCUGCUCCACAAAAUAGUAUUGAUACUAGACGGGAUGCUCUGCGCGCCAUCCCGGGUUUCCUCAUUAUGCCCUCAACCAUUUAA